AUGGCUAAGUUAAUGGUCGAGGGCGAGGACUAUGGAGUACGGGCUUUUCUAGUUCCCUUGACCGACGGAAAAGAGACGUGCAAAGGAGUAACCUCAAAGGCUCUCCCUCCUCGCACUGGCGCACACCCCAUCGACCACGCUCUCACAUACUUCGACCACGUCCGCCUUCCCAGCUCAGCUCUCCUUGGGCCGAUCGCGAAGCCCAAGAAUGAGCGAUCCCAGUUUUUCUCUUCGAUCCAACGCGUCUCAGCUGGAACGCUGUUUCUAUCAGCUGGAUGUAUCCCACUUCUCAAGAACGCGAUCUACAACGCUAGCUUAUUCAGCAUGCGACGAAAGGUCAAAAACUACGACGGAAAGCUAAUAGCUGUCAUGAGUUUCCGCACCCAACACCUUCCGAUCCUGCAUGCAAUCGCUCAAUAUCAUGUUCUACAGGCGUUUUUCAUCAAGGCAGCGACAGAGUUCCGGAAUCCCGAUUACGAUGCGCGAGUACGUCAUGCCUUUGCGACGGUGUUCAAGGCCGUUGCGUUGCAGCAUUUUCAGAAGAGCAUUAAGGCUAUCAAUGAUGGGUGUGGGUGGCAUGGGUAUUUUGAACAUAACCAAAUUCUGCAGAGCGAGUUGGAGUUCCGCGCAGUAGGGACAGCAGAAGGUGACAUCAGAGUCCUUGCUAUCAGACUUGCAAGUGAGCUUCUCCUCGGCAGAUAUCAAUUAUCACCUCCACAAAGCCCAACCAGCCUCGUGGCCCAACACGAGUCUGGCCUAUUCACAGAAGCUAGGGAAUAUCUGCUCAGUAUCGGUGGUUUCCAUCGCAGCGAAAAGUUCAACCGAAACAUCCUCCCUCUUUCUCUCCCACUUGUCCAAGCUGUAGGGCAUAGAAUGGCUCUGGAGGCAGCGCAGAACGCCGGAAUAGAUCCCAAGCUUCUCGAGCUCUACGAAGCUGGCGUCAUUAGAGAGGAUUCAGCCUGGUACUCGGAACAAGGCGGUCUUAGCAGGAAGACCCAGUUCGAAAUGGAGGCUAAGGCUGCCGAUGCGCUACUUCCUGAUCUUGAUGGGUUGGUUCAGGAUACAGGUUCGCCGGCGUAUAGUUAUGCGCCUAUGUCGUCCGAAGGGUUGUGGGAUGGUUUUGUUGAGGGGUUGGAGAGUUUUUCUGGGGAUGCGUCUUUUGAUGCCGGGCUUUGUGUUUCGCCGAAGAGUUGUGUGGAGGCAUUGCAUGUAUAA